CAUAAUAUUGUAUCCAAAAGCUGAGACAGAUCGAUACCAUCGAGUUUUCGUUCUUUUGCAAGCAUCCUCCUUAAAACCUUAACAAUGAGUGCCGAAACAAAGUCCACCGCCGACGCUAUGGUCGAUGCCAUUGCCAAGGGAUCCGCUGCCUCUGGCGGACCAGAGGCAUUCGUUGGGACGUACACCGAUCCCGUCAACCACCCGGGAGGGACGAGAACCAUCAAGCUGGUUGCUGAAAAGGCAGGAGACUAUCAACUUGCGGAGGUACACGGCGGAGGCGGUACAGGAGAACCCGAAAGCUACGUCCUCCCGGCAGCCGUCAUCGGAGACCGACUCAUUGUCAUUGACUUCUCUCCCAAGGGUGGACCCAAAGAUCUCAUCGCCGUCCUCGACAAUGGAGACAUCGUGUUUGUGCAAGACGGAAACCGCUGGCCAAGAAGCUAGAAAACAAAAUACACUAGCUGCAAUGCUGUCUUGUUAGAGAAUGGUACUUUGCGAUAGCAUAUUUUCCAAAAUUUACAAGGCGUGCAGACGAAACUUCCCUKAACAAAUCUAGGAAAUAUUUUAUUUUGAAUAAGCUUUAGAUACUGUUAGAUUAAAGAAGUGUGAAGUCUUCAUCGAGACAGUCUGCAUGGCAUGUGCUCCCAGCAGCCAUGCAGGCCCAUUGGGGUUUUACGUAAUCGUAAUGUUUUAGCAAUCCUUCCUUGCUUGCCACAAGUAUCUCGCGGACCGGAUCGUAAAUUGAAUCGUCGAGAAUCUUUCGAAGGAUCUCAGCAGGUUUAACGCGUACCUUUUUCGUUCUAACGGCACCGUCAGCAUCCACAACCUCCACUUCCUUGUCCUCUAGUGCUUCGCCAGUCAUAACCAUCUUUAGCAUGGAAGGGCUAAAUCCCGACAAAAGGACGGUGCCCUCCGUAUCCUUUUCGACUGGGUGGCCGCACGUGUCGCGCAAAUUCCAAUAAACAAUGGGAGUUGGAUCCGAAUCCUUCCAACCGAGUAUCUGGGCUGUAGUGGCGAAUUUUGAGCGGAUGGUUUCGUGCAUUGUAACACAUCUGCUGCGGUCGUAACAGGCUCCAUACCGUCUAAAUGAUCCUUGUGCUAGAUCAAACUGCAUGUCCGAAAAGACAAUCAGUGAGGGCACAUCUUUCUUGGCCAGUCUGUGCUCAACACAAACUUUCAUAAUUUGGUCGUACGCCCUCUCGAAAUUUGUGCUUCCUCCCCAACCAGCACACAUAAGCGACCUGACUUUCUUGACAAUACUGUCCUCUGGAUUCAACUUGUGCCAGCAAGGAGUCGAUUCGAAGGUUAACACCAUAUCCCGAAAUGCUGGGUGAGUAAUCUCAGAAAUUCCAAUCCCCAUUGCGAUGGCGACCUCCAUGGGUUUACCAGACAUGGAGCCAGAAACGUCAGACAAUGGCACCAUCUUCGAUGGGUCGAAGUCAACACCUUCUAGUUUUGAUUUGGCCUGUACUUCUUCGAUGGCAGUGUUCCACAAAUCUUUCCAUUGCGCGUCCAGCACUUUUUCCUGGUUUGGACYGACCUUCCCCUUCAUGAUCUUCGCAACUAUCUCAUCGGGCAUCAAUGUGCUCCCCUUCAAUCCUUUCUGCGUCAGAUGGUCCACGAACAGUUCAGCACAUCGUUGGCGUUUCGCAUCAUUCGGUCUUCGUACAGAGCCGUCUACCUUCUCGUUUAGGAGUGCUCUCGACAGCUUCAGGGUUGCCUUCGAGGACAGCAUAUGGAACUUGAUUUCGUCGGCACGCUGAGCAGACAAGUAUACUUCGGGAAGGGAAAGAAAGGAUGUCAGCCUUUUUACUUCCUUCCGAAACGAUUUCUUCGAAUGAGACUUCCAGAUCUUUGAUCCAUUUCUUCGCUCGAUGGGCCCUUCGUUCAGGAAGCGCUGGACGAAAUUGAGCUUCUUGUCAAAGUAAGUGUUCUCGCGAGGUAACCACUUUGCCAAAAGGGAGAUUUUCGGUCCGGUCGAUAUUAUCUUUCCAACCACAUCCGCGUGAUCGGCAUCGAUCUCGCUCCUGUGUUCCAUGUCCCCCCUAUCCAUGCCUUCGGUGUCGCCGUCUUUCUGUUUUGCUUCGUACUUGGCUAAUGCAUCCAGAUCAGCUUGAAACUGAGCUCGCAUAAGGUUUAUCGAUU